GUGAUGGAAGGGGAUGGGCAGGGCAGCUAAAUAUAGUCCUGGGGCCAGAGCUCAGUCUGGGAGGGUCUGUCUGCUAUUCACUGCGUGCCCAUCACCCGUGGUGUCCCUUGUCCUCGCUCUGAGCUCGGUGCUUCCUUCUCACCUGUCUUCAGACACAGCUCUGACCUACCUACAGUUAGGCCUGACCUUGACUGGGCCUCUUGCGAGUCUCUUUUUGUCCAAGAUCUCCAACCAGACCUGCCCGCAAUGUCGGCUGCCCCCGGCCUCCUGCACCAGGAGCUGUCCUGCCCGCUGUGCCUGCAGCUGUUCGACGCGCCCGUGACAGCCGAGUGCGGCCACAGCUUCUGCCGCGCCUGCCUAGGUCGCGUGGCAGGGGAGCCGGCGGCGGACGGCACGGUGCUCUGCCCGAGCUGCCAGGCACCCACGCGGCCGCAGGCGCUCAGCACCAACCAGCAACUGGCGCGCCUGGUGGAGGGGCUGGCGCAGGUGCCUCAGGGCCACUGUGAGGAGCACCUAGACCCGCUGAGCAUCUACUGCGAACAGGACCGCGUGCUCGUGUGCGGCGUGUGCGCCUCGCUCGGUUCGCACCGCGGCCACCGCCUGCUGCCCGCCGCCGAAGCCCAUGCGCGCCUCAAGACGCAGCUCCCACAGCAGAAGCUGCAGCUGCAGGAGGCGUGUAUGCGGAAGGAGAAGAGUGUGGCUGUGCUCGAGCAUCAGCUGGUGGAGGUGGAGGAGACAGUGCGUCAGUUCCGGGGGGCCGUGGGAGAGCAGCUGGGCAAGAUGCGCUUGUUCCUGGCUGCGCUGGAGGGCUCCUUGGACCGCGAAGCUGAACGUGUACGGGGUGAGGCAGGGGUAGCCUUGCGGCGGGAGCUGGGGAGCCUGAACUCUUACCUGGAGCAGCUGCGGCAGAUGGAGAAGGUGCUGGAGGAGGUGGCAGACAAGCCACAGACUGAGUUCCUCAUGAAAUACUGCCUGGUGACCAGCAGGCUGCAGAAGAUCCUGGCAGAGUCACCACCACCUGCCCGUCUGGACAUCCAGCUGCCCGUCAUCUCAGAUGACUUCAAAUUCCAGGUGUGGAGGAAGAUGUUCCGAGCUCUGAUGCCAGCGCUGGAGGAGCUGACCUUCGACCCGAGCACGGCCCACCCAAGCCUGGUGCUGUGCGCCUCGGGCCGCCGCGUGGAGUGUUCGGAGCAGAAAGCGCCGCCGGCCGGAGAGGACCCGCGCCAGUUCGACAAGGCCGUGGCGGUAGUGGCGCACCAGCUGCUCUCCGAGGGCGAGCACUACUGGGAGGUGGAGGUGGGCGACAAGCCGCGCUGGGCGCUGGGCGUGAUCGCGGCCGAGGCCGGUCGCCGCGGCCGGCUGCAAGCGGUGCCCUCGCAGGGGCUCUGGCUGCUCGGGCUGCGCGAAGGCAAGAUCCUGGAGGCUCACGUCGAGGCUAAGGAGCCCCGCGCCCUGCGCACCCCGGAGAGGCGGCCGACGCGCAUCGGGAUCUACCUGAGCUUCUGCGAUGGCGUCCUCUCCUUCUACGACGCCAGCGACCCCGACGCGCUCGAGCUGCUCUUCGCCUUCCACGAGCGCCUGCCCGGGCCUGUGUACCCCUUCUUCGACGUGUGCUGGCACGACAAGGGCAAGAACACUCAGCCGCUGCUGCUCGUGGGGCCCGACGGCGGCGGGGAGGCCUGAGCCGCCCGCCGGGUUUGGGGAGGGGUGCGGGGCCCUGCCGGCCUGGAAGGAGAGACGGGUCGGGUUGCCGGGCUUGAAGGCAGGGCGGAGGGGGUUGGGGACCGGGAACUUCAAGCGUUCUGAGAACUUUGGGGUUGGCAUGAACAGGGGACUGCCAGCCAGGGGUUGGAGUGCUGGUGGGAAAGGGAGAUCUAAAGUCAGGUCAGUGGGGGAACUCCACUUGGAGAACCAGGAAAGCCCGAGGGUUCUGAGAAGAAACAGGUUAAGGGUCAGGGGGCUUGGGGAGAAUUGCGGGGAGGAGCUGGAGAACUCUGUAGAGCAGCGGUCCCCAACCUUCUUGACACCAGGGACCGGUUUCGUGGAAGACCAUUUUUCCACGGAUCGGGGGCGGGGCGGGGGUUUGGGGGAUGGUUCAGGCGGUAAUGCCAGCGAUGGGGAGCGAUGGGGAGCGCAGAUGGAGCUUCGGCUGGCUUGCCCGCUGCCCACCGCCUGCUGUGCGGCCCCGGUUCCUACCAGGCCACAGCCUGCCACCGGUCCGUGGCCCUGGGGGUUGGGGAGCCCUGCUGUAGAGCGAGGAGCCCCUGCAGCCUUGCACUCCGCUCCCCCUUGGGGGCCUCCACUGCCAGGGUCCAGACUCACUGUAGCAAGAGGCCUUCCACUUGGUGAUUCCCCAACCGGAGCAUGCAUCAAUAUCACCUUUUCAAAGCACCUAACGGUUCUGGUUCAGUAGGUCAGGGCAGGUCAAAAAUGUGCCUUUCUAACAAGUCCGCAGGGGAGGCUGAUGCUACAGGUCACACGCAGGAUCACACCUGAAGCAUUGCUGACUCAGCCGUCCUUCUGUUCAGUCAGCUCUCUGUUACAGAGAGUCAGUUAUCACAUAGCUAUCAGCUAUGAGGCAUAGAAAACCCAAAACAUAUUCCUCCACGCAACGGCUGUUUAAAAACUGCCAGAGGGCUUCCCUGGUGGCGCAGUGGUUAAGAAUCCGCCUGCCAAUGCAGGGGACACGGGUUCGAGCCCUGGUCCGGGAAGAUCCCACGUGCUGCGGAGCAACUAAGCCCGUGCGCCACAACUACUGAGCCUGUGCUCUAGAGCCCGCGAGCCACAACUACUGAAGCCCGCGGGCCUAGAGCCUCUGCUCUGCAACAAGAGAAGCCAAGACAAUGAGACGCCCGCGCACCGCAACGUAGAGUAGCCCCUGCUCGCCGCAACUAGAGAAAGCCUGUGCUCAGCAACGAAGACCCAAGCCGGCCAAAAAGAAAAAACAAACAAAUAAAUAAAUAAAUUAAAAAAAUAAAAAUAAAAACUGCCAGAGCCUAUGCUGGGUGAAUAAACUGACCCCCAAUUUUUUGCCCUUUGUCUCUGGAAUAUGUUCACUGAGUGUCUAGGACAUGGAGGAAAUCCCCCAAGUUGCCAACCAAGAGAAAGAGCCUGAAGCUAGCCCUGCCCUGGGCCCUGCUGCUUGUGGAGGAUAGAAGCUCCCACCUCAUCACACCCCCCAACCCCCAGUUGCCUCCUCAAAAGCCAACUUUUUUUUUUUUUUAACUCAAAGGCCUGUUUCUUGGGUUUUGGACUAACCACUGAAGCCAAGAGUGGGAGUCCCUCUUCCCUGGAGGAGAGGCUUUUGGGGACUCAGGCAGGUGGGACAGGAGGCUGCUGCCUCUCUCAUCCUAAGGGAGGGUGAAGGCCUGCGGCCAUUCACUGUCACCAGUGGGCCUGCUGCUGCUGUGUGAAAAGGCCUGGGGCCCCCUGGCAACUGUGGGAAUUUUCUGGGGGUGGGGGGAGAGGAAGGUGGGCAGGGUUAGAAAGGCCUCAAGACCUGGCUGGGGGUGCACUCCUGGCUGCGUCUGACAGAGGAGGGCCUCUUGGGCCCUGGCUCUGGGACACAGAAGAGAGGAUUCAUUUGAGAGGCUCUUUCAUGCUAGAAAAUAAAACCAUAAAGUAAAGGGAUUCUUUGGUUGUCGAAUCUAGCAGCAUGAAUAAACACGAUUAUAUUCUGA